GGGGCUCGGACCUUCUGUGACGCGAACGAAGGCUGGGCGGAGCUGAGCCUGAGAGAGCCCCGCCCCCAGCGGAGGUAGCGGAGGCUGGGGGCGUGUCCUGGGCGGGGCUGUGCCCCGUGCCGCCCGGUUGUAGAGCUGUGGCCAGCGCUGGGAUUACCCGGCAGCGGGAUGCCACAUACAAGCCAGCUGUACCAGCAUGUACCGGAGACACGGUGGCCCAUCGUGUACUCACCCCGCUACAACAUAACCUUUAUGGGCCUGGAGAAGCUGCACCCCUUCGAUGCAGGAAAGUGGGGCAAGGUGAUCAGCUUCCUAAAAGAAGAGAAGCUUCUGUCAGACAGCCUGCUGGUAGAGGCACGGGAAGCCUCGGAUGAGGACCUGCUGGUGGUGCACACGAGACGCUAUCUCAACGAGCUAAAGUGGUCCUUUGCUGUCGCCACCAUCACAGAAAUACCCCCUCUCAUCUUUCUCCCCAACUUCCUUGUUCAGAGGAAGGUGCUGAAGCCCCUUCGGAUCCAGACAGGAGGAACCAUAAUGGCAGGGAAGCUGGCAGUGGAGCGAGGCUGGGCCAUCAAUGUGGGUGGUGGAUUCCAUCACUGUUCCAGUGACCGGGGCGGGGGCUUCUGUGCCUAUGCGGACAUCACACUCACCAUCAAGUUUCUGUUUGAGCGAGUGGAGGGCAUCUCCAGGGCCACCAUUGUUGAUCUCGAUGCCCAUCAGGGCAAUGGGCACGAGCGGGACUUCAUGGGUGACAAGCGCGUGUACAUCAUGGACGUCUACAAUCGCCACAUCUACCCUGGGGACCGCUUUGCCAAGCAGGCCAUCAGGCGGAAGGUGGAGCUGGAGUGGGGCACGGAGGACGACGAGUACCUGGGUCAAGUGGAGCGGAACCUGGAGAAAGCCCUUCAGGAGCACCCUCCCGACGUGGUGGUGUACAACGCAGGCACUGACGUCCUCGAGGGUGACCGCCUUGGGGGACUGUCCAUCAGCCCACAGGGCAUCGUGAAGCGAGACGAACUGGUGUUCCGGGUGGUCCGUGGCCACCAGGUGCCCAUCCUCAUGGUGACCUCAGGCGGGUACCAGAAGCGUACAGCCCGCAUCAUUGCUGAUUCCAUCCUUAAUUUGUAUGGCCUGGGGCUCAUUGGGCCUGAGUCACCCAGCGUCUCAGCACAGAACUCAGACACGCCUCUGCUACUCCAGGAGGUGCCCUGACUGCACUGCCCUUUUGAGUGGCUCCCUGACUGCUCCCGCCUGCCGCCCCCCUCAGUGCUUCUUUUCUAACCACAUGGGGUGGUAGGGGCAGCUGCCAGGGGCCCAGGGCCUGCCCCUGAUUGGGCCCGCCUGAGGGGCCUGGCAGGCUGCUCCUCUGCUCUCCCCACUGGGUGUCAGAGGACCUCCAGGCCCCUCUGUGGGAGGGAGCAGGAGGCAGUCCCAGGAAGACAGCACUCGGGAUCGCAGCUCUGACCAAGCCCUGGGGAAGCAGGUAGCUCACCCAAGGAAAGAGGAGGGUAGGUGAGUCUCCGGGGGCUGCAGGGAGGGCUCCCAGGGGUCAGGGUACUUUGGUUUUCAAAAAUGUCAGACCCAUGUCACACCAAGGAAGUUUCCAUCUCUACCAUGAUUGGGCCUCUCCCUCUUAAGUCAUGCAGUUUGCUCCCCUUCUUGUCUCAGGCCGGGCAUGAGGAGCUGGGGACAACACGUAGGUGGGACUGAGAGCUGGGUGUGGAGGUCAGGACUCUUGGAGGGGCCCUGAAUUCCUGGCCAGUAGGCAGGAACCCUGGUCCUAGAUGUGAGGGGUGGCAGGGAAGGGGGUUCAGAUGGGUUUUCCCUUCUGGCAUUCCCUUUUGGUAAUACAAGGACCGGGCCUGCCCUCUGAGCCCCUCAGUGAUGAUAAGUGAUGGAGAGGCCUGAGGAGCCCCGAAUCCCUGCUUUCCCAGUGGUCUCGCCUGUUCAGGGGCAGGGGCAGUUUCGGGAAGAACACUUGGCCCAGGGCUUCAGCAAUGGAGGUAUAAUAGGGCUGCUGCCCCAGUGGGGAGGGGGCAGAGGAAGAUGAGGCCCAGGCGGGGAAAUUUCGGAUAGGGCAGGUGACCAAGGUCGGUCCUGCAGGGACUGCAGCCCCAGGUAGGUACCGAAGCAUUGGUGAGGCUGUGCUGGGAUUUCUGGGCGGAGAGCAGAGGGUCUCCACCCUGGCCUACAGGUUACAGGGAAGGGGCUGGGGCGGGGCCCUGGGCAGAGCUGCAGUCUCCAGUGGCCUCACCCAAAUUCCUCGAGGCCCUGAUCACGCUCUGUGUCCAUGGUCCUGAGUGAGCCCUAACCUUGUCUUCAGCUCUGUCCUGAAGGGGACUCUUAGGCCCCACAGAAAGCUGGGCUGGGGGAGCAUCCACUCCUCCAUUUCCCGGGGGUGUUCCUAGGGGACCAAGGUGGGGCUAGAGAGGUGUCUCAGUCCCAGAUCAAGUCCACGUGUGGGGCUCGGAUUCGUUAUCAGUUGGGGGUGCUCCUGCGGUCUCCCACUUUCUCCCUCACACUCCCUUGCCACUCCUGCUGGAGCACGGGUGAGGGCGGGUAGCAUUUCCAAGAUCACAGACUGCCAAAAAUGCUAACUUUCUGGACAAGACCUGAGGCAUUAUGCACUUGACCCCCCCCCAACUUUGUCAUUGGUUUCUUUGUAUCUGACUUGAGAUCCCUAAAUUCCCGUCGUCUCCAGUGUGGCCUCUCACAUCUGGGGAAGGGUUGGGAUGCGGCUCAUCACUGUUGAGCUUCUGUUUGUAGAGAACCAUAAAGGCUUUUCUUGAUUGGA